AUGAGCUCCAAGUUAAAAUAUGCUGACAUUGAUGUGCCGUUGGAUUGGCUGUACAAGGGGAAACGGAGGAAUAGGACCAGGAGUUUGAAUUCGACGCGUGCCUCAGACUCUGCGUCUACCUCUAGUAAGAAAACUGUUACUUCCACGUCAGCCCCGACCGUCACUGCUAAUUCUGCAGCUUCUUCCCCAAGGCCCCCCAUUGAUCAAAGCGCAAAGAACGAACUACCCAACUCCAAACCAGUGACGUCCCCUGAUAAAGCUCCGCAGCAAGCACAGCAACCAGCUAGAAGAAUUCGUUCCCAUUCGGUAUCGUACGACAUCCUUCAGAAGAAUGCCAAGGAUGACGCCACCGAUUCUCCAAGAAUAUCUCGAGUCAGAACUGCACAAGACCAACCCGUUAAGGAAACUAAGAACAGUGCCAUUGCGGAACCCGACGUGUCGAAAAAGGGAAGAAGUCGCUCUUCCUCCAUAUCUACUUCUUUGAAUGAACGGUCAAAAAAAUCUUUGUUCGGUUCCUUGUUUGGAAGAAGACCUUCCACUACACCUUCGUCCAUCGUUGAAAGACCUUUAUCUUCUCAAAGCGACCAUAAAAGAAGUGCGGAACUACCUCCCAUAGAUACUAAACAGUUGAAAACUACUGCGCCGGGCAACACACCCGUCACUGCAUCUUCCAGGCCCACCAGUUCUGAUGGUAAUCGACAUCGUAGUGGCUCCCUUACUUCAAAGUUGCUGAGUAUCCCGCACAACAUUUUAGAGAUCUCCUCCCCGGAUUCCAGUCAUCAUCAUCAUCAUCAGCAACUUCAUAACCAUGGCCGCGAACAGAAUUCGCCGCUGCCAUCUGAAUCUCCGGAGUUACCUCCUAUCUUGGAAAAAGAAUCUACGCAGCAGUUACAAAAAUUGUCGAAGGUAAACCUGAAAAGGGUUACCAUUGCCGUUCAGGAAUUUGAUUCAGAUCCUCCGCAGCAACUACCUUCCAGGAAGCCUAAGAGAGGUGACGUCCUCAUACCAGAGGAUAUGAUAAGUGCACCCCCGCUGAUUUCUCUAGGCAUAACAAACAGCACCGAUCAAACCAGUUUCCAAUCAAGUAAUUCACCCGUGUAUUCUAAAGACUCUAAAGAAUACAAAGCGGCUUUGGAGAAUUCUAGAAAAGCCGCCAAGGAGGCUGAAAAACAUCAAAAGGAUGCGUACUACGUUGCAGAACGUAUGGCUCAAGAAGUGGCAAACUAUAGAGCCAAGCAAUCGAAGUCCUCGUCGUUGGCGACGGCUGCUAGUGCAGCAGCUGAUUCAAUGGCGGAUCAAGAGUCCUCCUCUUUAGAUGCUAAGGCUUCUAAACUCCACAUUGAUAAACCCAUCAAUGCGGGCGCGCAUCCCUUCGGAACUCAUCAUGACGACAAUUCCAAGUAUUCUCCUCAUGUUGAACAAACUUUGGAUGUGGCUUACACUAGAUGCUGUCACUUAAGAGAAAUCCUACCAAUACCGUCCACUCUAAGGCAAGUCAGAGGUAAAACUGCUCCUUUACAGACUUUGAAAUUCUUGAAUCCAAAACCUACUUUAGUGGACAUUUUAUCAUUUUGCGAUUUUAUCGCCAUAACCCCAAUUCAUAAUAUCAUCUUUGAUAAUGUAUCUCUAACUCAUGAUAUGUUCAAAAUUGUUGUUUGUUCCUUAGUUACUUCACCAGUGGUGGAAAAGUUGGGCUUGAGAAAUGUUGUGAUAAAUGAACAAAGCUGGAAACUACUUUGUAAAUUCUUAUUGCAAAAUAAAACUUUGAUUAAAUUGGAUAUCUCUCAAACGAAGGCGAGAACUGAUCUAAAUGACACGAAUUAUAGAGAUCAAAUGGACUGGGAAUUAUUUUGCCAGGUGCUCAGAAAUAAAGAAGGUAGACCUUUGGAAGAACUACUUCUGAAUGGGUUGAGAUUUGACAAGAUGCCAUUCGUUCAUUUUAAAAAUGCCCUACUCACAUUCGCUCAAAUGAACCGCAAGAAUUCUAUUCGUCUCGGGAUGGCUAACGUGGAAUUUUCAAAUCAAUGUUUUGAUUUUCUCUUCGAUUGGAUGUCUGAAUAUAACGUCCAGGGGGUGGAUUUGGCCUACAAUAACCUAGAACUUUUGAUAAAGCCGAUGAUCAAUAAACUUGCCAGAUUAUCUUUUAAACAUUUGGAAUACUUCACCCUUAAUAGUACUAACAUUACUGCUGUUGAUGAUAUGUCCUGCAUCUUAAAAUAUCUUUCGCGAUUGCCAAGCAUCAAGUUUCUCGAUUUGAGCAAUUUGCCUCAACUGUUUCCAGAUAUUUUAACACCUGCCUAUAAGUAUCUGCCGCAAUUUCCUCAAUUAAAACGUAUUCAUUUUGAUUUCAAUGACCUCUCUGUAAAGGAUACAACAAUGCUUGUCAGCAUACUUGCCAAGUGUGGAACCCUCUCUCACGUUUCACUAAUAGGUCAGAGCCCUAUGCCCGAUCCAAACAAAUUUUCAGACAAUAUUAAUGAACAGGAAAAGAUAAAGGCUGAAAAGAAAGAACAAGUCAUAUUUCUUAGAAAUACACUUUGGGCGUCAUUGUAUGCGUUUGUUCGAGAUUCCCACAAUUUAGUUAGUUUAGAUGUUGACUACGAUCAAGUACCAGACGAAAUUCAAUCAAGAAUUGCCUUAUGUCUAAUGCAUAACAUGAAAAGAAUCAUGGACUCCAGCUUUAAAUUGGAUGAAUUGACUGUACAAGAUGAUUUAAUAUUCGAUGGUUCUUUAAUAACGGAAACUGCUGAGGAAGUCUUAAAGAGGUUAAAUGAUAGGUCUUUACUCCACAAUGAUGUUGGAAAGAAAUAUCUCUUGAGAAAAUAUUUUGAAAAAAUGGAAAAAGUGCACCAUAAUGUACAGCACACCAUUGAUUCCAUGUUUGAGAAAAGAGAAUGUGAUGAAUUACCAUUGCAAGAAAAAGAGAACUUACUGAGGUUACUGUUACUUGAGAAAAAUUUAUCGAAUAUUCUUGAAAUUUUUGCUUCCAUGCCCAAUAUAGCAGAUGUCGUACCGUUCUCAAAAGCCGAUAAUAGCUUUCCAAUUAUCGGAGAUAGCUCGGUUAACACAAGCUAUAACGAUGGUAUUCGUCCAUCCCUCAAACACUUGGACUCUGAAAGAUUAAUUAAUGAUGUUUCAGUCCCCGAAAACGACUCAUCAGUUAGACCGCAUUUGAUGGCCACAGAUUCAGGACGUAUUAUUGAUGUAACCACCGGUAAGGCUCUUCUGUUCAAAAGUUCAUCUAACACUUCACUGGCUGGCAAGAGGCAAGAAGAAGAGGAAGGUGAAUUACAUAAAUGGGGUGUCUUUGUUCAACAUCAAAGCUCGAGACAUAAUUCUAUGCUUCCCUCUUCUGCCAGUUCCUCAGGAAUGAGUGGUUCAUCAACUCCAAGUGAUAGGAUCGCUGACGGCAAGAAAGAAGAGCCUGCUCGAAUAUCCAGCUCGAGGCCGAAAAUCUUACCGAAGAUACCUACUGGUAGUGAGCUAAGAGAUGCUAUUAUCAAAGCCAAAGGUAUUGAUUCUGUUGAUGAUCUGAUUAGAAACGUGACUUCUGAAAAGGUCGGCCUGGAGUCAUUAUAUGGAGAUGAGUUGAAUACGGGAAGUCCAAGCAAUGAUAGUCUACAGGAACCCCAAAAAAGAGAAUCUUUGCAAGGGCCACCCAUUGAAGAGGAAACAGUGACAAAGAAAUAUGACAAACUACUUAAUGAUCUGUCAAAUGUCCGUCAUAGCAAAGGCUAG